GUGGGCAGGCGGAGGAGGCAGGGAGAUGACCGGGUGGAAGAAGAAGAAGAAGAAGAAGAAGAAGAAGAAGAAGAAGAAGAAGAAGAAGAAGAAGAAGAAGAAGAAGACGACGAAGAAGAAGAGGAAUGGAUGAGUGAAUGAGGUGGACAAUAUGGAGGAGGAGGAGAUGGAGGAGGAGGACAUGGAGCAAGGUGUGCUGUGGGCGGGAGGAGAUGGAGGAGACGGAGGACGAGAUGGAGGAGGAGGAGGAGAUGGAGGACAUGGGGGAGGACAUGGAGGAGAUGGAGGAGACGGAGGGGGAGUAGAUGGAAGAGAGAUAUGAAGGAGGUGGAUGAAGGAGAAUAUGGAGGAGGAAGACAUGAAGGAGGUGUACAAGAUAGAAGACGAGGAGGCGAUGGAGGAGAUGGGCGAGGACGUGGAGGAGAUGGAGGAUAUGGAGUGGGAGGAGAUGGAGGAGGAUAUGGAGCAAGAGGAGGAGAUGGAGAACAUGAACGAGGAGGAGAAUAUGGAGGAGGAGGGGAUGGGGCAAGAUAUGGAGAAGGUGGAUGGAGGAGAACAUGGAGGAGGAAGACAUGAAGGGGGUGGACGGGAUAGAGGACGAGGAGGCGAUCGAGGAGAUGCACGAGGACGUGGAGGAGAUGGAGGAUAUGGAAUGGAAGGAGAUGGAGGAGGAGGAUAUGGAGCAAGAGGAGGAGAUGGAGAACAUGGACGAGGAGGAGAAUAUGGAGGAGGAGGGGAUGGAGCAAGGUAUGUUGUAGUAGGAGGAGAUGGAGGAGUGGAGGUGGAGGAGAUGGAGGAGAUGGAGGAGAUGGCAGAGAUGGAGGAAAUGGAGGAGGAGGAGGACAUGGAGGACAUGAAGGAGGGCAUGGAGGAUGAGGAGAUGGAGGAGAUGGAGAUGGAGGAGAUGGAGGAGAUGGAGGAGAUGGAGGACAUGGAGGAGGAGGAGGAGGAGAUGAAGGACAUGGAGGAGGGCAUGGAGGAGGAGGAGAUGGAGGAGAUGGAGGAGAUGAAGGAGUACAUGGAGGACAAAGAGACGGAGGAGGCCUUGGAGUACAUCGUGGAAGAUGUUGAGAAGAUGGACUUCGUGAGGGUGUUCACGGGUUUGAGGUCCAGAGCAGUGGAGCACUUCACGAAACCAAAGGCACACUGCCCCCGACGGAAUGGGGAGAUUUUGUAUAGACUACAAGGGGCUGGUGCUUUGUUGAGGGAUGCAUUGUCACUCAGACUGGCUGCUGAGCACGCAGAUAGGAUGGAUGGAGAGCUUGCCGCCGAGGACCUGCGUGAGUUGGACGAGCCAUGUGACCCGGUGCCGUAUCGUGCAGGAGGAGUUGGAGACGAUGAUCGUGGUGAGGGUGGUACACAGCAGGGGCAGGAUGCCGGGACUAUGAGAGAUGAGUUGUGGGGCGGUGAAGGUGCAGGAGAUGGUGGAGGGGAUGGAGGGGAAGCUUGGGUUACUGGCACGACGACCACCACCUCCACACAGGUGGUGCCGAGGUCCUGGAGGAGACAGACGACCCUAGAUGUUCAUCUAGGGAGCAAGGUCCAACAUGAUUUUGAUCGUCUGUUAGCCUUUGCUAUCUAUCGAGGUGGAGUGCCCUUCAACUGGUUGCGGUUGAAGGAGACGCAAGACUAUUGGAACUACAUAGUCACACUCCUGCGUCCUUCGAUCGUGCCGGUGCCACGACUGCUGACAUACGAGGGAGUCUGCACGAGGAUGAUGGACAUCGUUUUCCACGAGGUAGCAGCCCUCAUUGCACCUAAAAAGGCAAAGUGGGCUACCACAGGAUGCACACUGCUGAUAGAAGGGGCUACCGACACGACCAACAAGCCCAUCAUGAACUUCAUAACCGCAGGACAGUCCGGACCCAUCCUCAUCCGGACCAUCGACAUGUCGCAUCGGGAGAAGACGGGAGUCGGUCUAGCAGAGAUUUGGGAGGGAGUCAUCAGAGAUGACAUUGGCAUUGACGAUGUGAAUGUCAUCUGCACCGACAACGCAGAAGUGAUGAAGUGCUUGUUGUUGAGGGACAUUGCGGCGCAGCCUUGGGCGCCCACUGUCAUGCGGAAGGCGCACAAGUUCCUCAGGGACAUGGACAGGGAUGGGUCAUCACCCACAGGAUUGUGGGAUUUGGAGAGCAUAUUGCGGGGGAGGGUCAAGGCUCUUGGACUGACGGAGGAUGAAAGAAGGGCGGUCAUGGAUAUUAUAUCCGACAGAUGCAGGAUGAUGCGUCAGCCUGCCCAUGCGGCUGCGUAUCUGUUGGAUCCUCGCCGUCGUGAUAUCUCUUUGCUGGCGGACCGCAGAAGUUCCCUCGUGCAGAGCGCGCUAAACCACUUGGCUCGCUUUCAGGGUGCUUGUUGGGAGUCUGAUUCUGUGCAUAAGCUUUGGCAGGCAUUGUGGACUUUCCAUUGCGAUGACCCUCACUAUUGGCCGAAGAGUGGAGCGCACUGGUGGGACGAGUUUGCGGUGAAGGACGCGGCGGAGGGGGGGAUGCAUGCAGCGAUGUGGUGGGAACUUUCACGGUGGCCAGCAGCCGAGACUGCAGAUGAUUGUGAAGAAGGUUUUGGGAGGAACAGGAGGAAGGAGGGGCGUAAUCGAUUUGGGAAGGGGAAGGCACCGAUGGUGGAUGAGGAUGAGGAUGAGGAGGGUGAUGAGCCCCUUUGGCAGGAUACGGUGUGGAUGCACAGAGAGAUGAUGGAGGCGCAGCAGGAGCAGAGAGACGUCGGCCGUACGUUGCCUGAGGACCAACAUGACUUAUUGGACGCGUGGGGUGGAGCGGACCCUCAUACCGAUUUCGACGCCUGCAUCGGGCAGAAUGUGGAUACCGUGAGGAGUCUACGGGGGAGGGUUGGGUGUCAGAUAGAUUUGGAGGAGCUUCUGACCAGGGAUAGAGAGGCAUGCGGCACAAAGGUGGGGCAAGAGGAGGAGAGAAGUCAGCACGUUCCACAUUCGUCGACUGCCGGAGAGGGAGGUCAUACUGGGGGUGUUUCAGUAAAUGCACGUACGCCGGCUCCUGCAGCAACCCAUCACGCUGCUGAGAGGAUUCUGCGAGGGGCAGAGGAGGAGAUGAUUGGGAGGGAGGGUCAUCAUGCGGAUGACAGGCCGGAGGACACACACCAGGUGCGCCAGGUCGCCGAGCAGGUUACACAUCGAGGCGGCGGUUCACAGAGCAUCACUCAGUCAGUUGUCCCGAGGGUCAUGCUACGUGGUGGGGAUGGUGAUGGACAGGUGGCGGCCGGAGGUGGAGACCAGGGUGGAGCAGAGGGUAGAUGGGAUGGUGCAGGACAGGGCGAAGAAGAGGGCCUCCACAGGAUUGAACAUCAGAGAGAGCGGAGGGAUGGACACAACUUUGAGGUUCAGGUGGACGUUACCAUGGACGAGAGCGUAGUUCGACGGACGGAGGAUGGGGGCAGUGAGAGGAGGGGUGUGGCAUUUAUACGCGAGAGUAUGAUCCAGAGUGAGGAUGCUCAAGUUGCUACAGAGGGGGGGGGGAGAGGGAGAGUGAUGUUAGAUUGUCGACAACCUCAUUCUAUGGGAUUCUGCUCAUGCCCACAUAUGCCACCCCAUCACCCGAUGCAGCAAGAGUUCAUCUUCUCAGCAGAUCGACGACAAUUGGACGACAUGGUGGUGACACUUCAAGUUCAUCUCCCGCAGUGUUCCCUGGCAGUGCCCUACACCACCCCCCAUCGGAAGAGGAACAGGGAGGAUGGCGGAGGCGCAUUACCACCUCCUCCACGACCGCAGGGUGGCACAGGCAGACCUCGUGGUCGCCCGCGAGGCUCAGGGUCAGGCAAGGGUCAAGGCAGGGGUCGAGAUUCAUGGGCGAUGAGUGCAUUGGGGGCAGACGACGCAGGUGAGGACGAUGUUGGGCAGCGUACCACUGCAUGCACUGAUUUGACGGUGGGUGUUCGCACGAGGUCUCAGGCCUCGAGUGGAGUUCGCAGUACGAAAUCCACUCAUAUCAUUGACGACGAUUCAGAUGCCGCCUCAAGUGAUGGCCUUUCUGGUAGUGACUGCGUGGAUGAGAGGGAUAGUGAGACUCGUGCCCGGGGAGAGGACGAGAGUGGUCCUUACGAUAGCUCAGAUGGCAUUGGGCAUGAGGACGACUAGAGGGAUGUUCACUACUGCGCUAAGGGAUGUGUUCUGUCAUCGGUGGUUGUAGCAUGGAGGAACU